AUGUCCAUGCAAAAGGGUUUUGCCUGCCCUUCUCGCACGAGUGUUGACAAAUCUAAAUGUAAAGUGGCGGCCAAGGAAGGCCGUGGCGACAAUAGCAACCCAAUACGCUCUUCGGCAGUACACAAUAACGAGGAGUCUAGCAUCAGACGGUCGUCCCAGCUGCGAUCCGUCGGGUGUGCCCGAGGGCGCAGUCUCGGAAGGUGGGUGCGCGCGAUGGAGGAAGCUGCAGGAUGGCCACGAAGGAAAACCUGCCGUGACAUUGCGUUACCACCCAAGGAGUGCCUCUGUGGAUCGGCUUCUACUAUCUUGAGUCCUGGCACAAACUCCUGGCUUUCUGCCUCUCUCCGUUCCUCCGUCACCCAUGCCCUUCGUUCCAGUCGCCGCGUCGCUCGCGUAAGCGCUGUCGGCUGCGCGCAGACGCUGUUUUUGCUUUGUCUUCUCUUGCCCCUGAGGUUUCACAGCGGUAACGAACUCCAGGCAUUUUAUUCCCCACUGACGUUCGCCGCCACGAGCAACGUGCUGGGGGAAAGUGUGCAGGACGACUUUUCUGCCACGUCGCCAGACUGUUCCCUCGGCUCUUCUGGCGAAGGUGCCUCGUGCCUCCUGGCCUACGCGUUCGACGCUCCAGAUCCUUUUCACCUACUGCGAACAACACCGAAAAGCGCGUUUCCCCAUCUCUACUUGCAGGAUGCUCCGGGCGGGGCCUCUGCAUCUGCGCUGGUGGCCGUUUCAAGCCGGCGUCUGAGUCUGCAAGACGCUGCGGCUGCGAGUCCGCCCAAGUUGCAUACCUCUCCUCUGCCGGAGUCGAGAGAAUUCCGCACCAGUCCGUUUCUGGACAGAGGCACGGACUUCCGAGAAAUUCCCCCCGAGACCACCCCUGCAGAAAAUGCAUUAGGACGCUCGAGCGCCAGACUGCUGAGUGACGCAGAAAUCUUCGACUUCGCCGUUCGACGGCUGCAGGGUUUCGGAAGCCUCUUCGGAGGUUCUGGAGCGGGCAGCUCCUCAGAUCGCGCGAAGAAAAGACCAGGCAGUUUCGACCUCGACGCCGACGAGAAUUUGAGCAGCACGUCUCUAAGCAGCGGACCUGGAGGUCGAAAGGUUCUAGUUAGCAACGGCUUGGUCUGCGAAGACGACGCUCGCGUGGAAGAGUUCGGCGCCAAGUGCAAACUGAUUGCGCGUUCUUUGGGCGGGCGACUCGGCUGCGAAAAGAAGCUCUCUGAAAUCGCUCCGGACGGACAACUUCCUCCAACCAUCCCGGCUUUCUCUCGCGUUGCUGACGCGUGUCCCCUCACAUGCGGCCUAUGCGAAGAAUGCGCUCCCGGAUGCGCACUCUGGUUCCUUGGAAACACUCUGUGCGACGAAGCCUGCAACAAUGCGCUUUGUCAGUUCGAUGGUGGCGACUGCUGGAGCGCCGACUGCGUCGUCAGUGAAUGGAACGAAUGGUCCAACUGCAGCAUCACUUGCGGAGGACCCGGAACCGAAAAACGCAGCCGAGAAAUCAAAAGCAAACCGAAACAGGGCGGAUCGCCUUGCCCUAAACUCGAGGAAACUCGCGAGGGCUGCAACGCCCACGUCAAGUGCCCGGAAAACUGCGUCGUAAGCGAGUGGGGAGAAUGGAGUGAUUGUUCAACAACUUGCGGCGAAGGGCAGAGCAGACGCCAGAGAGAAAUUCUCAAGCAUCCUGACACAAACGGACAAAAGUGUCCCGAGACAGAACAGGCGCGGGUUUGCAUGAAAGAUUCCUGCACAACGGCUUGCGUUGUCUCUGAGUGGAGUGAAUGGGGACCUUGCGGUGCUUCUUGCGGAGGCGGCGAACGCACUCGAAAGCGCAGCAUUGUUUCUCCUCCCGUCAACGGCGGGGCGCUUUGUCCAUCGCUCACUGAAGAUGAGGUGUGCAACGACUUUUCCUGCGAUGGGGGCUGCGAGGUCGGGCCGUGGAGUGACUGGAGCUCAUGCACCGCGCCGUGUGGAGGAGGCACAAAGACAAGAAUGCGGGAAGUUCGCAGAAAGGAGAGCGGCGCAGACUGUCCGCCUCGUCGCCAAGAGGCCGUCUGCAAUCAACACAUUUGCGCAAUCGACUGCGCCGUCUCCGAGUGGACUCCCUGGAGCGCAUGCAGUGUGCCUUGUGGAGAAGGGCAAGAAAGCAGACGCAGACAUGUAACGACAGAGCCUGAGGGCAUGGGCUCGCCUUGUCCACCUCUCGCGCAAGAUCGUCCCUGCUUCGCGGGUCUCUGCUCUUCCGAGUGUCUCGUCUCUGACUGGAGCGAAUGGAGCGUCUGCACAGCUAGCUGUGGAUUUGGAACUCGUACCAGACAGCGAUCUGUCGAGACACCGCCGACAGAGUCGGGAGGCGCGGGGUGUCCAGAUUUGCAGGAAAGCGAAGAAUGCUUUUCCAACUGUCCUGUUUCCUGCGUGGUCGGCGAGUGGGAAGACUGGGGCGAAUGCGCUGAUCUCUGCCACCAGGUUGGAGUGCUCGAGCCCAUAACGACUCGCAGCCGGGCCGUUCUGCUGGAGGCGCCCGACUGCCCGCCGCCCUCCACGUUGAUUCAAAGUCAAUCUUGUGUGGCUCUCGGAUUCCACUGUGACGUCGACUGUGAAGUAGGCGAAUGGGGGGCUUGGGGACCCUGCAGUGCGACUUGCGGCGGCGGGCAGAGGCGGCGGAGGCGCGCGAUCCUUCGUCCGCCGACGGGUCAAGGAAAAGCAUGCCCGAGUUUGGUGGAUGUGAACCCCUGUGCUUUGGAAUCUUGCGCCGCGCUGGAGGGUCAGAUGAUUUCCUCAUGCAUCUACGGAGAGUGGAGUCCGUUCAGAGAGUGCGACGCGACUUGCGGCGUCGGCCGGCAACGAAGCAUGCGGGCGAUUUUGGCGUUUCCUUCCUCCCCGUUCGACCCCGAGGGCAACAUUCUCCUCGAUAGCACCGUCUGCACAGAGACCGACAGAUUUCAGAUGUGUCACGGCCCUCCUUGUCCUGUCGACUGCCAGGUCACUGCCUGGGGCGCCUGGUCGAGCUGCUCCGUGACUUGCGGCGGCGGCCAACAAGACAGGCUCCGGUCGAUCGUCAGACCGGCAGCUCACGGAGGCAAGGAGUGCCCUGGCUUGAGGGAAGUCCACCCAUGUGCGACGUAUCCUUGUCCGACCGACUGUCGACUCUCCGACUGGACCGAGUGGACGGCAUGUUCAGCCGACUGCGGCCUCGGCUCCCAGACGCGGACGCGUCGGAUCUUGACGCCGGCCUCCGUCGACCCUCCUGGGGCUUCUUGCGGGCCUCUGACGGAGGAGAGAAGGUGUUUCGCGCCUCGCGGUGCAUGCAGAGAAGACUGCGAGUUGUCCGCGUGGAACGACUGGACAGGCUGCUCGCAGUCCUGCGGACUCGGCGGCGUUCGGACGCGCUCGCGGCAGGUCGCCAAGCCAGGCGGCCUCGCGGGCGGCCGGAGCUGCGCCGGAGAGAGCCUCGUCCAAGAGGAAGCCUGCAACGAGUCAGUGCCCUGCGUUGGCGACUGCGAGGUGGGCGACUGGGGAGAGUGGACAGGCUGCUCGGUUUCCUGCAGCGAAAAGAAGACGCAGGAGGAGUUGAAGAAGAACGCGGGAGGACGGCGCAUGCAGGCGGGGCGGAGCAGGGCGAACGCCCGGCGCUUAGGCCCUGGGGGCGACGGCGCCGAAGCCGCGAGUGACGAGACGAAACGCGACACACACUUGCUCUCGGGAGGCGGCAAACGCAUGCGAAGUCGCGCAGUUUUGAAGCCGGAGAAAAACGGAGGAAUGCCUUGCCCACAGACAGAAGAAAUCGACGACUCCUGCAACGCCGACGUCCCCUGCCCUGUCGAGUGUACAUACACCCCGUGGACCGACUGGACUCCUUGCAGCGUGACCUGCGGUGUGGGGAAGCAGACGCGACACCGAGAAAUCGCGACCGACGCGCAGUUCGGUGGAAGGCCUUGUGACAACCUCGAAGACUUCAUCGACUGCAUGGCAGACGUCUUGUGCGUGGAUGACUGCGAGGUCUCGGACUGGGGCGAGUGGAGCACAUGCUCCGCGUCCUGUGGCGGCGGCGUCCGGAAACGCGGCAGAAAAGUUUUGCGGGCGCCCACGAACGGCGGACGUCCUUGUCCCCCUCUGACGGACUUCGACGCAUGCGGCUUGGCUAGCUGUCACGGCACAGACUGCGAGGUGGGUGAAUGGAGCCCAUGGUCGAGUUGCUCGAAGGUUUGCGGCGGCGGAGUGCAUGCGCGGACGCGACCGGUUUUGACGGAACGUCGAGGAAGCGGCCGCGACUGUCCGUUCCCGCUGCUCGAGCGCGAAGGCUGCAACUUGUUCAGGUGUCCAGACACCGCGUGCGAGGACAAUCCCGACGUCCCCGUGAUGACUGGCGGCGUCGAGUGCCGCGUACUUCUUGCGAUGGGAUGUCAGCGUCUGCUGAAGGAUCUCGCGGAAGAAAACGACCGAGAGUUUCCUGCCCACAUUCCUCCCGAAACGCGAGUGCAAGAUGCCUGCCCGGCGACUUGCGGAACCUGCGCCGAGUGUGCGCCUGGGUGUCAGCUCCGCGACCUUGGAAAUCGCCACUGCGACGACGCAUGCAACAACGCGGCUUGCCAGAUGGACUUGGGCGACUGCGGGGGCGACUGCGAACUCGACAAAGAGAAAAAACCAAACUUCUUCGCGGCGCUGGGCCUCGCAGCCGACCCCCCGACCUCGACGCUCCUCCGCGGUCAGACGGCCGUCCUCAGCUGUACAGACGCCGGAACGCGGCUGGCCGGGUUCCCCGCGCUGCGGCAACUCGCCGUCGCAUGCCGAGGCCGCGACAUAUUUGAACUUUUCCCUCAGGGUCUUCGACUGGCAGGUGCACGAGACGGAGAAACGCGCGGCGAGUUGGGAGACGUUGCUCUCCCGGCCUGCGUCCCCGACGCCUGUCCGUUCGUUUACGUCGACGGCUUUGGAAAGGAGGGUGAGAACGGACCGCAAGAUGCCUCGCUGGCUCUGCAGCAGCUCGACGGCGUCUACUACCGAGGUGACGCGCAGAGAGGCUUCCCGCGGUACGUCCAGGAGAAGGUUGGACAACCGAAGUACUUCCUCUGGAUGCACGCAGAGCCGAGCGUCGAUCUGCGAAGCGGGCCGGACUCGAAGCAGACCUCGUCCUCUGUUUCGCCGUCUCGCGCGACUGCCGGCACCUUCGUCUGGCGACUCACGGCUUCCGAUCCUCUCGAAUCGGAGACGCCGCGAGCCUCCCAGAGAGGUCACACCCGAGAGAAGGAGAAUCUGAAGAAGCUGGAAAAGGCGGCUGGGCCAGAAGCGAAGACUCCCGGCGUGCAGAGAACGGAGGCGGACGCUGUGCUUCUGGCUGUCGGAACAGGGACGAGGUGCAGGACGCCUUCCGUGGGGAAGGACGGCCCUCUCGACUGCGUGGACUUCUGGAGUGUCGGCGAAGUCGACGCAGCCGGAGGGGCAGUGAAACUUGGGAAGAAAAUUCCUGGCAAAGACAUCACCCUGCGGUGUCUGUCGUCGGAGGCGGAGAAGGAAGAGUUGCUCGCGUCCCUCCUGGCCACUGCCGUUCCUGCCUCCGAUCCGCAAGCGCAUUUCGAAGAGCCUCCGUCGACAGUCGUCGCAGGCUCGCAGAUGUUCUGCGAAGACCAGCCAGACGUCGAGCGGGUGUCUCAGAAGACUUGCGCGGAGCUGAAGAAGCUGCUCAAGUGUGACUUCGUGCUCGCGGACGCGGGCGUCGACGAGCUCCCCGAGUUCCUCCCGGCCGACGCCACCCUCGCCCUCGCCUGUCCCCAGACUUGCGGCCUCUGCAGAGAGUGUGCCUUCAGAUGUCCGCUUUGGUUUCUCGGCAACAAACACUGCGACGCUGCCUGCAACAACGCAGCCUGCGAGUUCGACCGCGGAGACUGUCUGGCAGACGCGCCGGCCGCGGGAGGCCUGGAGCCCAACGCGCCGGCGUGGGUCCGAGGAGACACCCAGCAGCAGGCCGAGGAGCUGCACGGCGCGGAAGAGUGCGUCGACGAUGCAGCCGUGAAAGAGAUGGGAUACAGCUGCAAGUUGCUGUUGAAAGUUGCGAAAGAGCAAUUUCCGGCUCUCGGCUGCGCGGCGAAACUUCUGGACCUGAACCCCAACGCACAACUCCCGCCCGGCGUCCCUGAAGUCGCCAGAGUCAAAGACGCCUGUCCAAAGUCUUGCGACGCAUGCAGCGAUCCAGACUUGCUUCGGCGCGGCGGACGAGGAACCGUCCCCCACAAGUCCGAGAAAGAGAGUGCGUCGUGCGAAGACGACCCUGCCGUGAGAGAGAUGGGAUCCACAUGCAGACUUCUUCUCGCAGCUGCAGAGGAAGGAGGAAAGGGUGGAUGCGACGCGAAGCUUCUCGACCUCGACGAACAGAAACAGGAACUGCCUCGAGGAGUUCCAGCGACCGCGCGAGUCAAGGACUUGUGCCCGAAAACAUGCAAUGCAUGCAACGAUAAGGAUCGCCUAGUCCGCCCGCGGCAAGACGCAGCCACUGCAUGCGAAGACGACCCACUAGUGAAGUCGCUGGGAUACACCUGCAGUCUCCUCGUUCGAGCGGCUGAGGAUUUCGACGGCUGUGCAACGCGUUUGCUUUCGCUAAAACCUGACCAGGUUCUUCCCCCAGGAAUUCCAAGCGAAACGAGAGUCAAAGACGCAUGUCCGAAAACAUGCAACGCAUGCAGCGACUCCGACCGCCUGAUUCGGCCGACUGGCGCAGACCGUGCGACCGCAUGCGAAGACCAUCCGGCAGUGGAGGCACUUGGGUACACCUGCAAGCUUCUGCUCUCCGUCGCGGCCUCGGAAGACGUCGGAGGCUGCUCCGCGCUUCUCAGAGAUCUGCAAGGACCUGGGGAGAAAGUUGUCGAGACGCUUCCUGAAGCAACGCGCGUCAAAGACGCUUGUCCGAAGACAUGUCGCGCCUGCGACGAUCCCUCGCUUCUCGUUCCGGCGGUGAAAGAGAAGGAGGGCGUUUCCUGUCUCGGCGAUUGCUGCGAUGUGCCGAUGCUGGAACAAGAAACAGGCUACACCUGCAAGCAAAUCAAGGCGUUCGUGAACGGCGAUUGUUCGGUGUUGCUGAAGGACCUGAGCAGCGCAGCGCUGCCUCCGCAAGUUCCCCCGACGACGACUCUGGAGGACGCAUGCCCGUUCACCUGCGGCGCCUGUUCGACCGAGCAGUGCAACGACAAUCCGUUGGUGGAAAAGCUCGGUUACUCUUGCGGGGAGAUUCUCUCCGCUGCCUCGGGCCGAGGCGGCUGCGAGGCGAUGCUCUCCGAACUCGCGGGCCCUGCCGGUCCGCCGCUGCCUCCCGAGAUUCCUGCGCACACUCGUGUGAAAGACGCAUGCAUGCGCUCCUGUCGGAACUGUCCGUCGAUCCGCGAAACGGACCAAGCGGCGCUAUGUCACGAUGAUCCGCGCCUCCCGCAGAUGGGAUACAGCUGCGAAACGAUGCUGCCCUACGCGCAAGGCUGUCACACCGUCCUCCGCGACCUCUUGCCCUCGAACGCCGUCUACCUCGACGGUGUCGACCCUGCCGAGACGCUCGCGACCUACUGCCGUCUGUCUUGCGGAAUCUGCAUGCAGAAACAGCCGACCGGCGCAUGCAGAAACAACCCUCUGGUCGAGGCACACGGCUACUCCUGCGCGCUCCUCGUCAAGGCCUCUGCGCUCGGAUGCAACGCGAAGCUGAAAGACCUCUCCGACGCGCCUCUGCCUCGGGGGAUUCCAGAGAACGCGCGUGUGAAAGACGCCUGUCUCCUCGAAUGCGGCGGAUGCAUCCAGGUCCCCACCUGCUACGACGGCUUCCAGAACGGCGACGAAGAAGGCGUCGACUGUGGCGGACCCUGCAGGCCUUGCCAACCUUGCUCGCCGUCGCUGUUCAAGGCGCUCGGAGAGGCCUACACCAUCACCGCGGGCAGAGGAACGCAGCACGGAGCUGUCCGCGAAAUCCGGUGCUCUGAAGGCUUCGACAAAGUCGCGGGGAAGGAACCAGAAACUCUCGUCUGCCAAGACGGAGUCUUCCCAGUCCCAACUCUCAAGUGUGAUGUCCGAAAAGUACAAGUCGAAUACGGAACUCUCACCAUCGACAACGCUGGGGACUUGGGCGCCGAGGCCAUCCCGUCGCUGUAUUUUGCCUUGCUGCAUGCGCUGCGACUGACGACGCCGUACGAGCUGCGCCUGCUGGCGGCAGGGCCGGAGCGGCGUCCCCGCGAGGCUCUCGGCGGCGGCGCAGGCGCAUGCAGCGACGACCCGCGGGUGGAGGAAAUGGGAUACUCGUGCGGCAUUCUUUCGUCUUUCUGCGACGCGGAACUGCAUGCACUCGCAGCAAGCCAAGGCAAACAACUGCCUGCUUGGCUCCCGCAAGGCGCGAAAGUUAAAGACGCCUGUCCGGCCUCCUGUGGCGCAUGCAGUCAGCGUCGCCGUUUGUCAGCCUUGUCUGCUUCUUCUUCUUCUUCGAGGUCUCUGUCUGCAUCUUCCUCCUCCUCUUUUCGGCCGCUCUUUCUCGACUACGGCGUCGCUUGGUCGACUCCGAACCUCCCUUUCUCUUCGCGAUUCACAGAGGAGACGCCUGCGUUGUUCCUGAACAGUUUGUACUCUCAGUUUCUCGAGAGACACUUGGCAGUCGUCGACCCGCAGACAGGCGCCUUGCAUUCCGCAGCCGCAGCGAUGCGCCAGCGGCCUUUCCUCGUCACCUUCGAGGCGCCGACCCCUCUCAGGCUGUCGCUCCGCUUCUGGGAUCGAGGCUUCGGAGCUGUCUCGCCUCCCGAAGUCGCCAGAGGCCUCUUCGUCCUAGCAGGCCUCCCCCUGCCGACCGCCCAGGAGAUCCGCUUUGGGCUCCAAACGCCGGAGCGGGCCCGUGCGCCCCGAGAGGAGACACCUGCGCGAAGUGUCUCCGCGGGCGCCUGGAUGCCGCCGACGGGUGGCGAAGCGAAACUCAGUCCGCAUGCAGAGGUCCAGUACGACUUCACCAACGAGAAGAAAACUCUCGUUCCCCUCCAGCCUGGCCUUGCGCGUCUCCUCGGCGCAUGCGCGACCUCCGAGGCACAAGCCGACGCCAAGAACUGCUGUGGAUUCCACGCAGAAAUGCAGGCGUUGCUGGACGGCCCGUGUGGGGUCCAUCUGUACACACAGCGCCUGUCUUCGGAGUCGCUGGAUACGUUCUGUUCGGGUCGCGUCUCCGAGCGUCGUUGUCUCUCCUCCUUUCUUCUGCUCCUCGACCUGUAUCGGUUCCGACCGGGAGUUGGCUGCGAACUUCUCCCCUUGGCCGAGCGCGUCGUCGACGCCUGGUGCUCCAAAGACGCCUCGGGGAACUUCUGCUUCUCCGAGGUCGAGAAGACGCUGGCGAGUCUCGAGGGUCCCGGUCACUUGGCCGCAAAGCCUUCAGACGAACUGGAAGAAACAUGCAGUCCAAACAGCUGCUACAUGAAACACAUUCGCUACUUGGACGCCAUCACGCAGCUGCAGGUCGCGUGGAAGCUCUUGGGAGACCCACACGCCUUCUUCAGAUCCGACGAGACGCGCCCCGCCCUCAGCAAGGGCAUCCCCGGAGAUGCCGACGCCGGCGCCGACAGGCAGGCCAGCAGGCAGCAAGGCAACGACGCACACAGCAGAAGUCUGCGACGCCUGCAGAGACCUGAAGCUGACGGCGAAGGCGCAGUCCAUGGAGGAGCAGAAAGGACUGGAACCGCCGCGAGAAAAGCGCGCAAAGAGAGCGACGCGAGGAGACCGGGAAGAGCAAGCAACGAGACGGACGCUGAAGAAAACGGACAGACAGAAGAAGCAAAAGACACAAAAGAGGUAGAAAAUGAAGACGGAUUCAGUGGGAAAGAAGAAACAGGCGGAGCAGAGAAAGCAGCAGAGUCGAAGGGGGCAUCUGAGGCUUCUUCGUUUUCCCUGAGGUCGUCGGUGGCCAGGCGCCUGGCUUCGAGGCCUCGAGCUUCCACGUUCUCGUCUUCGACGUCUCCUCUGGAUGACCUUUCGCACAAACCGCUCGCUUCGGAGAAAUUAAAGUUCAAUUCGUCUUCAUCCUCGGAAGCUUCCAGGUCGCCUGCUUCCCCUGCUUCCCCUGCUUCUCCUGCUUCUCCUGCUUCUCGCGCUUGGCUCGGAGCCAUCGAAACGCAUGCAACGCGCCGCGACCGCGCGUACCACAGCCUCGCUCGGCGCCUUCAGCAGAGUGUUGCCACGGUGACAGACAUCCUGGGGAUUCCUCUGGACGGUUCGUUCUUCUCUGAGAUCCGUUCAAGUUCUCGAGAGACGCCAUUCGCUUCUGAGGCGUCAAGCGCCGAACAUCGAGCUUCACCGCCGUCUUCUUCACCUCCCUCGCUCUCCUCUUCUCCUCGUUCUUUUUCCUCUCGUCGGCCUCGGCGUUUGCAGGGCUUGGAGCCUCGUUUGGCGGCUCACUUUGAGGGACCGCUGGGGGAGAGUUUGGAGGAGAUGGUGACUUUGAUGUGCACCAAGGUGGAGGGGGACUUCUGUCAGCAGACGCUUGUGUUGCUGGCGGAAGAAAGUCCGGUCAAGAAUCCGAGGCUGGUCAUACAACCGUGCUCCAGUCGCUGCUUCGUUCCGAUCACCGGCCUCCUCGGCAGUCUCGUGGAGAGCUACGGAGAGCGGUACGACGACCCCUUCCACCGCGCUCUGGGGCAGAUCAUGCGAGCGUAUGGGCGCUUCUACUGCACAUAUAACGAAGCUGGACAAGUCUGCGGGGAAAUGCUCUUCAACAAGUUGAAACACGUCGACGUUCCGGCCUUCACUCCGCAAGGCCUCGGUGUGAACUUCUCGCAGUGCACCUGCCCCCAGAGCUUCCUCCAAGAUGGCCAAUGCGACCGUGCCUGCUUCAACGAAGCAUGCGGAUGGGAUGGUCAGGACUGUUUCGUUCGUCGGAUGUUCCCUGAGAUCUACGAGGCCUUGCUCUCGCUGGUGUCUCCCCAGUGCUCCGCUUUUUCAGCGAGCUUUGAAUGCACGGCCAAGUGCAAGAGGCAGUACGAGCGCCUGCUGUUGCCGGAGAAGAACUGCUGCAUGGCCGCAGGUUUCGAGCUUCUUUCUUCGCUUCUCGCUGUCGACGUGGAGCAUCCACUCUUCGACGCAGAGGCUUGGGCGCCUUCUCGUUCCCUCGCCUUCCUCGAGUACCAGUGCGACUUCGCGCUGGAUCGCACCUGCUCUCUCGGUCGCCCUCGACAACAGCUGGUUAUUUCGACCUCGCUGUUAGGGGUGGACGCCGGCCGGCUGCUGGCCGACGCAACGAAACUCCGAGAAGUCGAGCAAGUCGUCAGGAAAACCGCUGCUCAGAAACUCGCUCUCGUUGACCAGGACCUCACCCGCAUCCUGUCCAGACCUGCGCCGGGCGGUCUCCAACUCCUCACUUUCGUCGACGCAGGCGUCUACACAGAUCGAACGCUCCUCGCCAUCCAAAACCAGACGACCUUGAGUCAGAUGGACGAGGCGAUUUUGCGACGCUUGGGCGCCGUCGCCUUGGAUGGUUAUCGAGACUUUUCGCACAACUCGCCUCUCGCUGUUGAGACUUCCUCCCUUCCCUCGACCCGCACCGUCACUACGCCUGCAGUCUCUUCUUCGUCGCCUCCGCUGCCGUUUGCCGGCACUUGGGGUGUACACGAACUUCCGGUAGACUUGCCGAAAGAAGGUUGCUCCGUCUCCGAUCUCCACCGUCUCCUUCACCCUGGAUACUCGCUGAUUUUUCUCGGUCCUGCCGCCUUCGCCUCUCGGUCACCUUCGGCGGCCGCGCGGCCUUCUCCGACCGCGCGCGGCUCCGGACAGGACGAAGGCGAGGAGACAGCAGCAGCGCUGGCGCGAGGCGCAGGGAGACCAGGCGCUGUGGGCGACGGACUUCCCGCUGCGGAGACGUUGGCUUUCUCUGCACUCACUGGAAAAUCAAGACAGGGCGACAGCCGACGACUUUUCAUUCCAAGAAAACGAAGACUCGCGGCAUUCUCCCCAUUCUCACGUUCAUCUCGUGCCUCUUCUCCCUCUUCUUCUCUCUCUUCUUCUUCUCUCUCUUCUCUCUCUUCUCGUGUCUCACGUCGGCUGCAAGAGGGGUCUCUGAGUCUCUUUUCCUCUCCGGAGUCGGGGAUGUCUUCAGGACUCUCGAGCGGUGGGCAGCGGGCAUGGUAUUCGCACGGCGAAGGCGAGGCAGUGGAAUGCGCCUCGCCGCUCUACUUCCCCGUCAGCGGACCUGCAGUUGACCGCGUCGUUUGCGACAACGGAUCUUGGACCUUCAAGAAUCUCCUCGUCUGCAAACGCAACUGUCCGCGCGCGGCGGACUUCUUUGCGUCUCAAGCUUCUUCUUCUCUCUCGUCUCCCUCUUCUUCUCGCGCCCCUUCUCCUCCUGCCAGUGAGAAGGUAUCUCCGUAUCGAGUGCGGGGUGGCGACGCGGUGUCGCACGGCAGCGUGGUGGCUGUUGCAUGCGAGCACGGUUUUUCGCCUGCUGGCCUUCAAGUGUCUCCGUCUCGAUUCGAGUGUGUAGACAGUCAGUGGAUAGGGCGUCCGCUGGUCUGCUCGCCGCUUUGUCCGGAGUUUCCAGACUUGGGCGCUGCAUACGUCGUAGAGGGCGAGGGCCGGGAGGACGGCGACCGCAGACUGGUGGCGUGCGCGCGAGGCUUCUAUCCCCAGCGUCGCUCCUUCACUUCUGUUUGUCAGGCGAGUCGCUGGUCGCCCCUCCUCUUUGAGUGCACGCAGGCGACGCCGCCCGACAUGCAGGAAGGCGCGACAGGUCUGCAGAAGAUUCUCCUUCAAAUGUUCUCCCGCGAGGGAGUUCUCGGUCUCGUCAUCUUCUCCGUCCUCGUCACCCUCGCCGCGGUCGCGGUCUUCAUCGCCUGGCGCCUCCACUUCAAAGCGCGCGCCACCCAGAACUUCAUCGCGCGCGAGGAAACUGUGCAGGCGCUCAAGGUCUCCUCCCUGCCUCCCGGCGCCGGGGAGACGCCUCAAGCCUCUGGAGUCGACCGACGCGCCGAGCAGCAAGCCGACGACUCGGACGCCUGGUGUGUGGCGCCAGAGGGUCCGCGGGAUCGACCUCGCAGUGCGUGGAGAACCUGUGGAGACGCAGACGAAGCAGAGAGAGACGGCAGAGAAGAAGCGAGAGCAGCAGAAGGAAACGGAGAAGAACUCAGGACGGGGAAACGGUGUGGGGUGAGCGGCCCUGGAGGCGGACCCGGAGAGGUGAGACCUUCGAUUUGUCCUUCCUUUCUGGGGAGUGAGUCUCAUGCAGCCUCUACGUCCUGUCGCCCCGGAGCCGUGGAGACAUCCUUCUCGAGGUCUCAGGAAAGAACAGACGGCGGCGCCUCGGUGGCGACUGUGAGCGUGAGGACCGAGUUCCAGGCUUACACGAACUCCGCGCGUCUUUCGGAAGGCUCCGCGGCUUCCGGCGCCGUCGACGCGACCUCGUCGGGCAAGAAAAACGGCGCUUCGAGACAGGCAAAAGGACCACCGGAGUCGCGCACUGGAGGCCUGUCACCUCCGCAGCUCCACAGCGCCCCACAAGGCGGCGCAGCGCGCGUUCCCGGGUGUCUAGACGCCUCAGCAGCUCCACGAGCUUCUGAGGAGCGGAGAGACGUGGACUCGCGCAGAAACUCGGCGCAUGCGUCGAGCGGAAAUCGACGCCAAGCGAGUGAGAGCGAAGCGUCUCCUGCCGUGAGCUUCCCUCCACACGAGGGCGCCUUCUUCGGAGCGUCGGUCUGUGGCUCGUCCGUGACCGAGAACUCGACGCUCGCGGCUGUCGAGGCGUCUGUGCACUCGCUGCCCCUCUACCACAAGCUGCAUGCAGAGCGCAUGCAGCGGCCCUUUGGUGGGCGCGGUGAGGCCGCCGCGGAAGAUGGGUGGUACAGGCGACUGCGCCGGGAAGUCGAGCUGGAGUCGGGGAGAGAGGAGACAGCGCUUGGGAGGCAGGGCAAGACGGCGGGAGUCUCCGGAGCCUCUCCGCAGGUCUCGGGAGAAGAAAAGAAGAGAAGGGAGCGCGACGAAGGAGCAGACGAAGGGCGCAGAGAAGGCAGACGCUUCCAACGCGAAAGUCAAUUCGCAGCCUCGUUCACUCUCUGUGGCACCAUCAGCGAAGCAGACGAAACUGGGGAGAGAAGUACGCAGAGUCUCGAGGCGUCUGCGUCUCGCCGGAGAGACUCUUCUUCGGCAGCUGUUCGAUCGUUUCAUCUUGCAGAGACAGGCGCGGAGACGCAGGCAGAAGCAGAGGAGGCGAAGAAGGAACGGAAAGGAAAGGGGAGUCGCGAAGAGAUGGCAACGCCAGGGGGAGACCGAGAGAGAGAGUAG